UAUAUUGACGAUAAUACCCUCAUAGCCCCAGCCCCACUCUCUUCUCCACGCUACGCAUCUCUGUGAACUUUCUCUUCGCUUGAGCGUUGCUCUGUUCCUCUGUGCAUUCCCUGAUGCUGGCCUCGAGGAUUCUCUCGCGAGUUUCCCGCAGCGCGGGCUUACGCUCCUCUCUCUCCGCCGCGGCUCUUCCGGCGAGGAACCAAGCUCCUAUGUUCACUAGCCGGUAUCACUCCCUGGUUAACAACUUCUCACAAAAGCUUGUAGCAGCUCAGGUGCCUCUUGAUUCGUUUUCACUUCAAAGGUUCUCUCUUUCUUCAACCUCCACCACGCCUGAAUCACAUGAAAAGGAGAGCAGCAACACUGAGGCCUCGAAGACAGCUGAGGCAAACGAGUCAGGUCCUGACUCAGAAUCAAAAGCUUCUGCGGGGAAAGGUGCAGUUUCUGAAUCAGAUUCCGAGAGUGGUGAUGAUGGUGAGGAGAUGUCAAAGGAUGAUUUGAUGAAGCUCGUAGCUGAGAAGGAGGAGCUACUGUCUGUGAAGGAGGAAGAGAUUAAGAAAAUGAAAGAUAAAGUUCUUCGCACUUACGCAGAGAUGGAGAAUGUAAUGGACAGAACAAGGCGUGAUGCUGAAAACACCAAGAAGUAUGCCUUACAGAAUUUUGCAAAGAGCCUUUUGGAUGUGGCGGAUAACCUUGGAAGAGCUUCUUCUGUUGUCAAAGAAAGCUUCUCAAAGCUUGACGCCACCUCGAAAGAUUCUGCUGCUGGAGCUGCUCCACUGUUAAAGACCCUUUUAGAAGGCGUGGAGAUGACUGAGAAACAGCUAGCUGAAGUGUUUAAGAAAUUUGGUAUGGAGAAGUAUGAUCCUAUCAACGAGCCGUUUGAUCCAAACAGACAUAACGCAAUGUUCCAAGUCGCUGAUGCUUCUAAGCCAGAAGGCACAGUUGCUCAUGUCUUGAAGGCUGGAUACACGUUGUAUGAUCGAGUGAUAAGACCAGCUGAGGUUGGUGUUACUCAGGGAGGAGAGAGCGAAGAAAACAAGAAAGAGUCUGAUGCUUAAAAAAGAAGUCCAUGAGUCUUUUGAGUUGUAGUUUUCUCUUGUCGUUUGUUUAUUCAUUGGAUGAACAAAGAUCUCCCAUAAGUUGCUGGACAUGGCACUUGCAACUUGCAAGGGAAGUUCUGCUUCUGUGUCUGUUUUUUUUUUAAAUCUUCUUUCAAACAUGAUCUGCGCGAGGGAAAGUUACAGUUCUUCUACACACA